AUGGGUGACGUAAACAACACAAAUCAAGGAUCCAAGGAUAAGGAUGUCGGCCAGACCUCGUCGCAGCCAGUCAUCACUGGGGCGAUGGGAAACCCACAAUUCAACUACCAAUCUCCCGAGGGACAGACUCCAAAUAGUAACGUACCUCUCAAUUUAGCUCAGCUAAGUCAAUUCUCACCUCAACAGCUGCAAACUGUAGCUUCUUUCAUUCAAAUGUUGACCGCCAACCCCCAACAAAGCACACCCAAUCAACCUGCUGGCGGUGCACGUAAGCGACCACUGGCCACGGCUGGUAGGAACGCGGACGGCACCCCUCUUCGAAAAAUGCGAUCUUUGAACCCUAGCGGACGAGAGAUGGAAAAAAGGAUUGAUCAGUCAGACUAUGAAGAAGACAUUUUGGAGACGGAAGAAUUAUGUCAUUCAGAGGAAGAGGCCCAGGGUGGCUCCCGUCGUGAGUACAGUGCUUCAGGCGCUAGUAACUAUUCGAUGGGGGGUCACCUACUCAUCAAGCCUAAGCUCUCCCCUUUCACCAUGGAUAUUUUGAAUCAUCCAAUGACGAGAAUCAAGAUGCCAACCUCCAAGUAUGAUGGCACUUCGGAUCCAGAUGACCAUGUGGCUGCUUACGUGGGCCACAUGUUCCUUUACACUGACGUGGAUGCCAUAUGGUGCAAGGUCUUCCCGUCCACAUUGACAGGCAUAGCCCAGACAUGGUUCAAGAGUCUAAAGCUAGGUAGCAUCUCUAGCUUCUCCCAGUUGUCGUCCACAUUCAGUACUCACUUUGUCAGUAAUAGACGCCGUGAGCGUACUACGGGAGAACUGCUAUCUGUCAAGCAGGGGGCCAACGAAAGCUUAAGGGAUUAUAUCGGUCGCUUUAAUGUGGAAGCCGUUUCAAUUCCACGCUUACAGCAAGAUGUAGCGGUGCUAGCCUUGAUGACUGGCCUCAAGGAGGGGUCGCCAUUUCGAAAUUAUCUGGGUCGUAAAUCUUACACCACUCUGGGUCCCGUCCUGGGUAAAGCAAAUGAUUAUAUCAGGGGGGAGGAGUUUGACAAAGCUGUGGGUAACCGUGAAUCUGAGGAGAAAGAGGAUAAGCAAAAGAAAGAAAAGGGCCGUGAGUCUGACCGCGCCCGAGAUGAUAGACGACAAGAGUUGCACAUGGUAAAAAGAGGAGAUGAACGAGAAAGGGAUGGUGAGAGGUAUGACCGCGAUCGUAGGGAUCGUGAAAGAAAUGUCCGGGAAGGGGGUGAGCGCAAGGACAGAUUCGAUGCGUACACCCAACUGACUACCUCAAGAAGUCAGAUCUUUUUGAAGAACAAGGAUAGCGACAAAUGGCAGCGUCCUAAGCCUAUGUUCCACAAGAAUCGUGAUAAAAGCAAAUGGUGUGAUUUCCAUGGGGAUCACGGCCAUGUCACGGAAGAUUGUCGUCACUUAAAAGAUAAUCUGGAAGACUUGAUAAGAAGAGGCUAUUUCAGCCAAUAUAAAGCACAGACGAAAGAAGGAGAUCUGGUAAAGCCAGUCAGCAAGAACGUUCAAUCAAGGAUCAGUGAAAUUCAUGUCAUCAGUGGCGGACCUAUUCAUGGAGGUAGUGUGAAUGGGGCCAAAGCCAGCCUGAAAGAAUUCAGGCACCAAGUUAAUUUCAACGAGAGCAUGAAGUGGAGGCAUCCGCCAGCCAUGCCGGCAAUGACCUUUACACUGAAAGAUGCGGAGCAUGUGGUUUUCCCUCAUGACGAAUAA